CCUAUUCAAUUUUUGAUUCAUUGAAAUUUUUGAAAGUAGCAUCUUGAAUAGCCCGAGCGAAAUGCGAGGGCAAAAGAAUCAAUUCUAAUGAAAGGAUUCGGUUUUUCUGAUCUCUAUAUUUUUCAAAAUUGGUGGGAUAACUUAAAUUUUUUUUAGAGGUUUUCGAUGUGAAUAGGGAUUGUACUCAGAUUUUUCUCAAAAAAAGUAACUUAGGUAACCAGAAAAAAAUCACCAAAAUUCAAAUAAAACCCAUUUUAAAAAACUAGCAAAAGCUCAAAACAAGAUAAUUACAUAUCAACACUUUGAAAGUAAAUUAGAUAAAAAUGCAAAAAAGGAGUUUGAAAAAAUAUUGGAUUCUGGAAACAUAAAUCGAAAAAAAUUGCAAAAUUGAAAGAAAAAGAGUGACGGGAGACGUCCUCCGAAAUAGGGAGGAACUAAAUUUUUAAUCUUAUCUGGAAUCAUUUCAAAAAAUUAAACACAAAAAUACCAAUUGUAAAAUAAUUGCAGAAAUUUUGACACGAGCGAACAAUUGAUGAAAAAAAUGAUUCAUGUGUUGAGAAAGAAUGAACAAUAAUUGUAAAAAAUUCCAUAAAUAAGAUGGAUCAUUUUAGAACAGAAAACUUAUUAAAAUCAAAGGUAAGGAACGGGGAACUGGCCGAGCUUGUAAUCCAAAUUUGGGAAAAUAGUGAAUUGCGAAUGUAGGUACCUUAAUGAUACAUUUGGAAUUGGAAAUGUGAAGAGCUGAUGAGUCGUUGAGUCAUAACAUAUAUCAGAAGAAAAAAUGCUGGUUCGGGAUGAUUGAGGUUGCGUUUAUGAGAAUGUCUAACCAGAUGCAAAUUGUGAUAAAUAGGUAACUAGGUAUUACCAGAAACUGGACAGUUGAAUCGUUGACAUUUUUGCAUUGAGAUUGUAAGUUGAAUUAUCUGAUGAAACAAAUGAAUUUUGACAAAGCAUAUGGGGCUCACUACUCCACAUUGUUUCGGAUUCUUGCACCCAGGUUGGUCAUAUUUUGCAGAUUGAAGUCGAAAUUAUUCUUGUGUAAGUACUAAGUCGUGUCACUGUCAGGGAUUUUGUUGUUGGUGUUGUGGCUUAGAAUGAUUGAAAUGACGUUUUACUUACAGAUGAUUUUGUUUUUGAUACGCAUUACUGGCAUAGGAAUGACGUAUUCCAUUGCUGUGUUGAGUAGGCAUUUCAAUGUCCGAGUCACUAAUUUGUACCUUAAUGAUACAUUUGGAAUUGGAAAUGUGCAGAGCUGAUGAGUCAUUAAGUCAUAACGUAUAUUUGAUAACAAAGAAUAACAACAGAAAAAUAAUAACAAACAUUUCUGGUAACUUUAGAAUGAGCAGUCGCGUACUUUUUAUAGAGAGCUGCUACAGUGAAAAUCAUUUUAAAAAUUUGAAUACGAAGUAAAUGUACCAUGUUUCAGAAAGGAGAAAAAUGCUCAAUUUCGCGAGAAAAAUACAUCAAAAAACCUGGCAAAAAUUGACACACGUUUCAAAAAAAAAAAAAAAAAGAAAUUCUUCUAAAAUUUGAAAGCUGAAGAAAGUACAUAUAAUACGAAAUAAAAACAUCAAGUCUUGAAAUCCCCCCUCCCUCCAAAAAAAAAACUGCAAAAAAGAGAAUCCCACAAAAACUCAAGAAGAAAAAAUUACUAAAAUUUGGCGCAAAGUUGGGAGGAAAUUUCAUUUUAAAAAUCACGAAAAUCCAAGAAAAAUGGUUUCGCCGAAAUUAAGAACAAAAAUUUAUUCAGAAAAACGAAUCGAUAAAAUUCAAAACAAAAUUAUGGAAGGGGUGAAAAUGGACAACCAUCGAAAAUUCAGUUCAGGAAAAAUUACUGAAAAUUCAGAACAGGGAACGCGAGAAUUAAAACUAAAAUGUACGAAUUCAGAAAAAAAAAUCAAAAAUAUUUUGAGAAAAAUCAUCGAAAAAUUCCAAGCAAAACUCGAAACGAUUCGAAAGGAAAAAAUGAUUUGAACUUGAAAAAAAUUGUUCAAAGACAGAUAUCCUGCGAACCUUCCUCAUAACGGGGAGGGAAAGAGAAAGGAGAGAGGGAUCAACGAAUGAAAGAUAUCAAGAUUCUGAAACAAAAAUCCACCAUAAAAAAAACGAAAAUGAAAAAAACAAACUCAUCAAAUCUCGAAGAAGCUCCCCCCCCCCCUAAAGAAAUAAUCAAAAUUCAAAGGAAAUCAUAACUUUUGGAAGAAGAAAAAUCACAAUUCCACAAAAUUGUAAACAAAAAAUCACUAGUUCCUGUAAAGCACGAGGGAAAAAACUGCUAAAAUAAAAAAAAAUCAGUCAAAAAUUAAGGCAAUAAAAUGACCGUAAGUAAUUCAGAGCAAAACUAAAAUAAUAAAAAUUCGAAGUUGAAAAGUCUAUCAAAACUGAAGAAACUUCGCCAAAAUUUGAAGAGAAAAAAAAUGAGAAUACCAGAAAAAUCAUUGGAACCCCCUCCCCCCCAAAAAAAAGAAUUUUUCUUGCUUUUCGAAGGAAUUUCUAUACUAUUUUUUCGCAUUCUUGCCACCCAUGUCAAUUUCUCGCCUUUUUCUUGCUUUCUUGAUAUUUUCUAGCCAGUAGACCCUCUGAGUAUAGUGCACUUCGUGUUGAAUAAUCUGAUCAAUAUUGAAUCAUUCCAAAAGCUACGAAUGUACUAAUCGUCUUACACGAAGGUACAUACAAUGGAAGAAAAAUUAUGGAAAAAAGUGAAAAUUCGAUUACAUAAUUUUUCACACCAUAAAUACCUACAUAUAAGGCACACAAUAAGUUAGAUAUGUAAGUAGCAUCAAAAGAAGAGACACAUUACAGCGGAACGUGCUCGUCUGCACCUUUGGCCAUGCCAUAACCACUAACCAGGGAGAGCUGAGAGAGAGAGACGAGAGGUGCAGUUAGCGGCGCUGCGACGACGACCAUCAGCCAUAUAGUCGUCGUCGUCGUCUUCGACAUGGACAUGGCACAGGACACAAGGCACAAGGCACAUACUACAGUUAAAAAGUAGUCUCGGCUAAUAGUAUUUUAUUUUUUCACAUUUCAACUUUUCUGUCCAGCAGCGAUGAGUAGCACCGUCUAGUACGUCUCGUCGCCGGAAGGUACCUGAGAGAAAGUUCACGGUGAAGGUAAAAUCGACACGAAGUCUCACCGAGUCGGCUUCCACUUUACCUCCGUUCGGCGUGUUCUCGUCCUCGUCCUCGUCCUACCCCUCCCCCCUCCUCCCGCCGGUCUACGCUCAUUUUAAUUUCACAUCUUCGUAUAUUUCUUUUCUUUAAUGUUUACUUUCUUAUAGAAUUUCUUCUUAUUCGGUACCUACGACGCGAUCGCGCGCGCAAUGCUCAUCAUCCAAGGUGCAGUUUAGUGUCCGUGAGACGCUCCCCGGUCGCGAGGCGUCUCUGCUCGAAUAACACGAAAAUUUCGUGCUCGCCGUCGUCGCUGUCGCGUGCUUUAAAUUUUUACACCCGAUAUUCACAACCCCUAACUAAUCCUGGACGCGUAUGUACAAUGCGAUUGUCGUCGCCGCGAUAAAGUUACGUAUAAUAUGCUCGCGAUUUACCUCACGCUACCUGGAUAGUAUAAUUCGCGCGAUAACCUUUUGUAAACCGCAUCCGAAGACAUGGAUUUUGCGUUGAAACUAUGUGCGAAAUUGCGUUGUGCUUUAGUACCUCAGUUAUUCGUAAUUACCGUAAUUACCUCGGCUCGUAUACGAUUCCCACCUCAGCACGAUCAAGCCGACCAACUCAUCCCGUGCAAUAACUCAGCUAUCCUCAACCUCACCUCGACCGAAUUCAUCUACAACAUCAACGGCGUACCCUGCUCGGUCUCCGGGUCGGGCCCACACGACAACUACACCAGCGACCCGUUCGCCGCCGCCGCCUCCUCAGCGUCGGAAGAUUGGCAAUUUAAUUUAACCUGGAGUGAUGGCCAAUUCAACGGCGAUGGCGACUCAUCCGCCGUGGACGAAGUGCAAAUCUUACACGAAAGCUCUACCAAAAGCUCGUCCCCCGAUUUCCAAGUCGUACCCGUCCAUGGUGGUGCUCAGCCCGAACAGCUGGUAUCUGAAAACGAGGUAAUUUCAUUACAAAACCAAUAUAGAUGGAUACUGGAUAAGCCGACCACGUGGAAGAAGAGAUAUACGCCUUUGACUACCAAUGGAACGACUCAAACCAACGCCGACGCACUCAUCGAGGCGUUUAAAAACAAAACCAAACCCAUCAAACCGCUUUCGUACGAAGACCAAAAAGGAUUUCAAAACGAAUUUUUGGAUAUUUUGGGAAAAGUGAUCCCGCAAACGUGUUGGUAUAACGGAAACGUGUUCGAUUGCAGUUUGAGCGUAUUGUGUAUCAUCGACGGAGGCAAACCAUUAGAUUUAUGUAGCGGCGGAUUGAUAUGGAGUUGUUGCAUUACUCGAGACAAGGUGAACUCAGCGACCACCGCACCGACAGUCAGCAACCCGCCGAGCACGCUGUCGGAAAAUACAACUCUUCAGCACUUGGUACAACAUCCGGAAUUCCAGCAUUUAUAUUAUUUGAAAUUAAAACAAAAACAACAACAGUUGCAACAGCAAUUACUCCUUCAGCAACAACAACAACAACAACAACAGCAGCAGCAACAAUACCCCCAAUAUAUAUACCAAAAUCAACCGGAUAAACCAUAUUAUCAACAAAGUUACCACAAAGUAUAUAAAUUUCCGAAUAAAACCGCGUCGGCGUUGGAUAAAAACAAUACCAAUACGUACGGUGAUUCGCAAUACAUGCAAUCCAUCCAACACCACACCUAUCACACGGCGCCGUUUUGGAUAAAUUCGGUAACAACAUCGAAACCCGACUCAGGAGCACAUACCACUUUGUAUUCAGUUACCAAUGCACUUAAUGUACAAACGACAUCAAAACCAAAUUACAGUUACCAAAUAAUUACCAGCUCGGAAGCAACGCCGCAAGUUACAUCUCAGAGUCAAUUGACCGUCGGAUAUAAGGGUUGCGGAGAAUUAUUUUUACGAAGUCAUAGAAUUGUCGGCGGACACACCACCAAUUUUGGAUCUCAUCCAUGGCAAGCGGCGAUCAUUAAAUCCGGUUUUCUCUCGAGGAAAUUAGCAUGUGGCGGAGCUUUAUUAACUAAUCGAUGGAUUGUUACCGCCGCUCAUUGCGUAGCGACAACUGCUAACAACAAUUUGAAAGUCCGCUUAGGUGAAUGGGACAUCCGAGAUAAUUCGGAACGACUGAGGCACGAAGAAUAUAACAUUGAAAGAAAAGAGGUGCAUCCUCAAUACAGUCCUAGUGAUUUCCGAAACGACGUAGCAUUGAUUAAAAUCGAUAGGGAUGUGUCCUAUAAACAACACAUACUACCUGUAUGUUUACCAGAUUCAAAUACGAAAUUACCAGGACGUACGGCGACGGUGGCAGGAUGGGGACGUAUGAGACAUGGUGUAACAACAAUGCCAACCGCUUUACAAGAAGUGGACGUGGAAGUUAUACCAAAUGAAAGGUGUCAAAAAUGGUUCAGAGCGGCCGGCAGACGAGAAACUAUUCACGAUGUCUUUCUAUGCGCCGGUUAUAAAGAAGGUGGUCGUGAUAGUUGUCAGGGCGAUUCUGGAGGACCUUUGACGACCACGCUGGAUGGAAAAAAGACUCUAAUCGGAUUAGUUUCUUGGGGUAUCGGGUGCGGAAGGGAGCACCUUCCGGGAGUUUAUACAAAUAUUCAAAAAUUUGUUCCCUGGAUCAAUAAAGUGAUGCUGUGAAAAGGCCAUAAAUAAAUGCUCAAACGCGAGCAUAUUGCAUUAUUUAUUUGUUUAAAGGAGUAGUCAAUGUUGUUUUUAGCUCCAAUGUGACAUAUCGAGAUUUUUAAUUUAUAUCGUGUAUAGUUUUUCAUUGUUUUUAUUAUUCCCCCCAUUUCCCCCUCCCCUCUUAUUUUUAUAUGUAUGUUUUCUUCUGUGUAUGUACAUAGGUGUAUAAUUUUCUCUUUUUUUCUCUCGUGUAUAGUGAUAAGCCAUUACUUAUUUAUACGUAUAUUUGAUGAAGAAAAUAUUUAUAAUGUAAUAUACAAGUACAUACUUUC